AUGGGGCAAUCUUCUGCCAGCACGGCUUCUGCAUCGGCCUCAGCUGCUUCCGACGCUGGCGAAACACCAAAGAAGGAUCCUUGGCUCCCACCUGGCUCGUAUGCGAUAGAUCCGGCGAAGCCGCACCGGAAACCAUCGAAUUCCUGCACGCGCAUUCGAGAAGACAUGUUGCGUUGCUACGAGGGCACCAAAUGCUACAGGGAUGGCGCAUCUUUCGAGGAGUGCCUCAACUCCAACGAUCCGGAGUAUGUGACGCAGGAGUGCAUAUGGCUGCGGAAGGGCUACGCGCAGUGUAGACGAGACCUUCUCAAUCGGCAGCGAAUCUGGCAGCGUGGCAACAGAUCUGCGUGA